UUGGCCGCUUGUGGCUCAUUUAACCGCUGUCAGUGCGCAUCAUAUGGCCGCCGCUUUAACCAACUUCUCAACUCCGACAUAAGCAAAGUGGCUCAAAUGCGCAUUCUCUCACAGUGGAUGUGAACCAACCCAGGCGAAGACAGGGAGAAAAACUGGUUGGAACAUUUUGAUAUCCCUUCUCGGAUUAUUUUUUUGUGUCGUAUUUGAUUCGUUUGGGUUUCAGAAUAUCCAUUCUGCGACUCAGUCGACCUGUGCGUCCCCGAACUUUGUGCGCACUUAGCCUAUCUUAAAAAAUACUUUUUUCUCUGUUGGUGGCGAACUUUAAAACCAGGUGAAUGUAUAGCAUGAUGAUGGAAACUGACCUCCAUUCCCCCGGCCCCCAAACGAACACGACCACGGGGCAAACCGGGCCGAAUGGCGGGUCCAAAGCGAACCAGGAACGGGUGAAGAGACCGAUGAACGCGUUCAUGGUGUGGUCCCGUGGGCAGCGGAGGAAGAUGGCACAGGAGAACCCCAAGAUGCACAACUCUGAGAUCAGCAAGCGGCUGGGUGCCGAGUGGAAGGUAAUGUCCGAGGCUGAGAAGCGCCCUUUCAUCGACGAGGCGAAACGUUUGCGAGCCAUGCACAUGAAGGAGCAUCCGGAUUACAAGUACCGGCCAAGACGGAAGACCAAGACGCUGCUGAAAAAGGACAAAUAUUCCCUCGCAGGUGGACUGCUUUCUGGGCCCAGUGGGGGUGGUGGAGUUGGUUUAGGGCACGGCAUGGGAUCCUCGGGGAUCGGACAGAGGUUAGAGAGCCCCGGGGGUCACGGAGGCUCAGGCAGCUCCGGCUACGCGCACAUGAACGGCUGGGCGAACGGCGCGUACUCGGGGCAGGUGGCUGCAGCGGCGGCAGCCGCCGCGAUGAUGCAGGAGGCUCAGCUCGCCUACAGCCAGCACCCGGGGAGCGGAGCGCACCACCACCACCACUCGCACCACCACCACUCACACAACCCGCAGCCCAUGCACCGCUACGACAUGUCAGCGCUGCAGUACAGCCCCAUCUCGAACUCUCAGAGCUACAUGAACGCUUCACCCUCCGGCUACGGCGGGAUCACCUACACACAGCACCAGGGCUCCGGCGUCUCCUCCUCCACUGCCAUGGGGACGUUAGGGUCGCUGGUGAAAUCGGAGCCGAGUGUAAGCCCUCCCGUCAGCAGCACACACUCACGGGGUCCUUGCCCCGGAGACUUGAGAGAGAUGAUAAGCAUGUAUUUACCGACCGGAGAGCCGGGGGACCCGUCAAUGCAAAGUAGACUCCAUGCCUUGCCGCAGCAUUACCAGAGCGCCACGGCUGGAGUGAACGGGACGGUCCCUCUAACACAUAUUUAGAACUCACAGAAAAAUUGAAAACUGCAAACGAACACAUAACCAAAUAUUUACCUCUUUUCUAAAUAACCCCGGCCCCGAGAUCUACCUGCAUUUUGUACAGAAUGUUUAUGAUAUUGUAAAUGAAGGGUAAAUAGCAUAUUCAUCUCGGCUUUUUUUGGAAUAGCAACCAGUGAAAUUAUAUAACUAAUAUGAAGCUGAGAUAUUGGUUAUUGUGCUAUCAUCUUUUUGUCCAUUACUUCACAGUCUUAGUUGAGGGUUAUGCCAGGUCCACGUGGGGAGUAUUUGGUUCAAUUGUCUCAUAAUUUUCUUGUAAGUUAUUUGAAAAUGAGAAAAACGUGUCAUAAUCAUAAGAAAGUGCUUUAAAAAGAAAUGGGAAAAAAAUCACGUUCUUUAAAUAUUUGUGUUCAUUUGCAGAAGCCUGUGUCUUAAUUCUUGGAAAUCAUCUCUUUUUAUUGUAACACUCUAAUUAUUGUAAAUUGUGAAUAAUUUUAAUAUUUCAAAAGGAUGACGGGCAACUGCUGUUGUAAUUUUAAGUGCUUUUCCUGCGAGUGAAAAGCCCUGAUAUUGCAAUGAACAAGAAUUGAAUAAAUUUCACAAGAUGUUGCAUUGAUUCUUAAGAGAAUGCUCUUACACUGAUUCUUUUUCACGAUGUUCUUGGAGGAGUCUCUUCACGUUUUACAACACGAGAAUAUCACGAAUCCUCCUCUGGAGAAAAAUUGCCACCUCUUUAAAUUUGGACACAUCUAGGUCCCAUGAGCUUUGAAAUAGACCCAAUUGUUUGUGCGUAAUUGUGCGUAAAAGCUACAGUUUGAAGGGCUGUGAGGACACAUUUACAGUGGGUUGAUGAUGUUUCAUGAGCUAAACUUUUAUAAAAUAAGAACAUUAUAUAAAGCUUAUUUUUUUUCAUAUUUAGGGGUUAGGCCAAAACAUAUUCAAGUCGUUUAAUUGUUAAGGCCAAAAUGAUGGCCCACAUUGUCCUUUCUCAUAAUUCAUUUGAUUUCAUAUAAUUCAUUGCUCUAUUCGUUUUUGAACAUAUUCCUUAAAAAUUGAAUCUGAUUGAUAUAGAUUAUGAGAAGGCCUCA